AUAAUCCCCAACAUCAUCAACAACCUGAUUAUUGGUAGAAUUCUUCUGCACGCCAGGUUUAACUCUGGAGCUUCAUCGUUUCUUUCAUGGGGAGUUGUCCAACUGCACAGAUGUUCAAGAGGAAGGUAAUGAAGAUGUUCUGCGGACACCCAGAAACAGAUGCGAAGGGUGAGGUGGAAGAGAUGAAGCUGAAGAUCAAAGGGACAGUGGUGUUGAUGAAGAAGAAUGUGUUGGACUUAACUGAUGUCAAAGCUUCCGUUCUUGAUCGGUUUCAUGAGUGCUUUGGCAAGGGUGUUUCUUUUCAGCUUGUCAGUGCCACUCAUACCGACCCAGCUAAAGGGUUUGGAGGCAAGCUUGGAAAGCCAGCUUUCUUAGAGAAGUGGAUUACAACAAUUACACCCCUAACAGCAGGGGACACUGUCUUCUCUGCUACAUUUGACUGGGAUGAGUCUAUGGGUGUUCCUGGUGCUUUCAUAAUCAAGAACCAUCAUCACAGCCAGUUUUACCUCAGGUCAGUGACUCUAGAAGGUGUUCCUGGACAAGACAGGAUACAUUUCGUCUGUGAUUCCUGGGUCUACCCACAACAUCGCUACAAAUAUAAUCGCGUCUUCUUUUCCAACAAGACCUAUCUUCCACAUCAAACACCGGAGCCCUUACGGAAGUACAGAGAAGAAGAACUUGAAAAUCUUAGAGGAAAUGGAAAAGGAAUGCUCAAGGAGUGGGAUAGAGUUUAUGACUAUGCUUACUACAAUGACCUGGGAAAUCCAGACAAGGAUCCAGAAUAUGGCCGCACAGUGCUUGGUGGAACACAGGAGUAUCCAUACCCCAGAAGAGGGAAGACUGGUAGGAAACCAACUAAAAAAGAUCCCAAUAGUGAGAGCAGACUGCCAUUGCUAAGUCUAAACAUUUAUGUUCCAAGAGAUGAACGGUUCAGUCAAGUGAAGUUCUCAGAUUUUCUGGCAUAUGCUGUGAAAUCCUUGCUUCAAGUAUUGCUCCCAGAGAUCGGUUCAUUAUGUGACAAGACCAUAAAUGAGUUUGACUCCUUUCAAGAUGUACUUAACCUCUAUGAAGGUGGUGUCAAACUACCAAAUGGCCCCAGUCUCAAGCAGCUAAGGGAUUGCAUUCCCUGGGAGAUGAUCAAGGAACUUAUCCGAAGUGAUGGUGAGAGAUGCUUAAAAUUCCCAGUGCCUUCUGUGAUUAAAGAGAGCAAGACUGCCUGGAGGACAGAUGAAGAAUUUGCUCGAGAAAUGCUUGCUGGAGUCAACCCAGUCAUAAUCAGUUGCCUACGUGAAUUCCCUCCAGCCAGCAACCUAGAUCCUAAAGUGUAUGGCAAGCAGAACAGUAGCAUAACCAAUGAGGACAUAGAGAAGAAUAUGAAUGGGCUAACAGUAGAUGCUGCAAUAAGAUCCAAGAAACUAUUUAUAUUAAAUCAUCAUGAUGCAUUGAUGCCAUACCUGACUCGGAUCAAUUCCACCAGCACAAAGACUUAUGCCUCUAGAACAGUGCUCUUGUUGCUAGAUGAUGGGACGUUGAAGCCAUUGGCAAUUGAGUUGAGCUUGCCACAUCCCCAAGGGGAACACCAUGGUGCCGUCAGCAAAGUUUUUACCCCAGCAGAGGAUGGAGUUGAAGGUUCAAUCUGGCAAUUGGCCAAAGCUUAUGCUGCUGUCAAUGAUUCUGGCUAUCACCAACUGAUUAGCCACUGGCUAAACACCCAUGCUGUGAUAGAGCCGUUUAUAAUUGCAACUCAUAGACAGUUGAGUGCUCUUCACCCCAUAUAUAAGCUUUUGCAUCCCCAUUUCCGUGACACAAUGAAUAUAAAUGCUCUGGCUCGCCAUAUACUCAUCAAUGCUGGUGGUGUGCUGGAGAACACAGUCUUUCCAGGUAAAUAUUCGUUGGAAAUGUCUGCAGUCCUCUACAAGAACUGGAAUUUCAUUGAGCAGGCACUUCCCAAUGAUCUACUUAAGAGGGGUAUGGCAGUUCAAGACUCAAGAUGCCCUCGUGGCCUUAGACUUCUGAUAGAGGAUUAUCCGUAUGCAGUUGAUGGGCUAGAAAUCUGGUCAGCCAUUGAAACUUGGGUAAGUGAGUAUUGCUCCAUCUACUACCCAGCAGACCAAGUGGUCAAAGAUGACCCUGAACUCCAGUCAUGGUGGACUGAGCUCCGCAAGGUAGGUCAUGGUGAUCUGAAAGAUGAACCGUGGUGGCCUGAAAUGAAUACACGAGCUGAUCUUGUGAAAUCAUGCACCAUCAUCAUAUGGUUGGCUUCUGCUUUUCAUGCAGCUGUUAAUUUUGGACAAUACCCUUAUGCUGGCUACCUCCCUAACAGGCCAACUGUAAGCCGUCGUUUUAUGCCUGAACCAGGCACCCCUGAAUAUGCGGAGCUGGCAUCAGAUUUUGAAAAGGGCUUCCUGAAAACAAUCACAGCCCAGUUCCAAACUCUCCUUGGUGUGUCUUUGAUAGAGAUUUUGUCCCGGCAUUCAACUGAUGAAGUUUACCUUGGACAGACAGAUAAUCCCAAUUGGACCACAGAUGAUGAAGCAUUGGCUGCAUUUGAGAGAUUUGGAAAUGAGUUGCUAAAAAUUGAAAACAGAAUUAUGGACAGGAAUAACAAUAGCAGAUUGAAAAACAGAGUUGGACCAGUUUGGAUGCCAUACACACUGCUUUUUCCUAACACCUCAAAUCACACUAAAGAGGGUGGACUUACUGGAAAAGGAAUUCCAAAUAGUAUCUCAAUCUAAUUUUUCUUCCUUUUUUCAUGCAGAGGGUGGAUGGGUAUUCUUGAGGCAAGUAUAUAUAUAGAAUAUUUUGUUGUUAAUCCAGAAAAAGAAGAAGAAGAAAAAAAGAAUGGCAAGCGCCUAUUAGGUCUUUGUAUUGUCAUUUUUUCUUGUGUUCUUUAUCUUGUUACAACCAUAAAUGUUUGUGUAGACUCUUGCUUCUGUUCAUGCCUAUUAGGUCUCAUCUAUUAGUUUUGUCAAAAAAUGUUGUCUUGUAUUCAAUUUCUGUGUUGUUAAGUACAUGUGCAGCCAUAAGUUUGUUCAAGACUUGCUCUCCAUGUCACAAUUUCUUCACGUGGACAGUACCCUGCCAAAUAUUUGCCUGUUUAACUCUGCCAUAAAUAUAUCAGUUUUGAGCAG